AUGAAAACAUCCGUUAACGAGGCGGCGAAAGUCAAGAGGGAGCUGGAGGAGAUGCGCCAGCAGUGCGCCGAGAUGAGUGCUCAGCUGGCGGCAGCAAAGGAGAAAGGGACGGGGGACGGGCUCACGAAAGCCGCCUCUCCUGGGGGCCUUGCCUCUCCAUCUACUUCGGACAUAUCGACUCUCACCUCGGAGCGCGACAACUAUAAGGCCACGGCCUUGAGGCUGGAAAUGGAUAUCAAACGACUCAGUGCGAGGGCAGCGGAGGCGACGCAGCUCGAGAAGACAGUCGCUGCCCUCAAAGAGAAGCUGCAGGCCGGGGAGGAACUCAAGACGGCUUACGCGGCCCUGCAGAGCGAAACGCAAGCUCUCCGGAGUCAACUGGGCGCGAAAAAGAGCCAACCCGUUGCUCCAAAGGGACUCGAAGCUCACGGCGAGACGACCGACAGCACUGCGAUCAAAAAGGAACGCGACGCUCUCAGGGAAGAAGUUUCAGCUCUACGGGAACAGCUGGCGAAGCUGCGGGAGGAGACCGAGUCCCUCAAAACGGGAGGAAGGAGCAUGCAGGCGCCACAAGCGACGGGCUCUGAAGACACCAGCAGCAAAGAGGCGACGCUGACUGCUGCGGAAGUGGCAGAAUUAGUAAGAGAGCGGAAUGCUCUGCAGGAAAGAGUGCGCCUCCUCGAAAAAGAACUCGAAGCUCUCCGACAACUGGCAAAAAGCCCUGCGAAAGCUCCACCAGCCCCCAAGAGCGCUCCAUCCCCCACGCCCACCACGGAGUCUCCACAACCUCCUUCAAGCAAAAAGCCGCCAGUGCCGACUUCGAAGGGUCAGACCAUCCCGACGUCCGCAGGAUUGUCAGCAAGUGCGGACACUGCGGUUACAGGGAAAAGAGACAAAGCUAACCAGCCAUGCGAAGCCUUAGAACCCCGCGCUGCAGAAGUGUCGCCGCCGACGGCUGCCAAGGCACUGCCGGCGGCGACCGCCUCUUCGACGGAUGCUCCUGACUGUUCGCCAUCCGAGGCUAAUUCUGCGACUAAGGCAGCUUUGCCAAGGAAAUUCAUUCCUCCCGCUGGGCCCAAAGUGCCGCCCGUUGCUCCUCCGAAGGAAGUAGCUAAGACCCUCGGGGGGCCCUUGCCGCUCGAGGGCCAUGCUAAGGAUGUACCUCCAAAUAACGCCAGGCCUGUAGUAGGCAAGCCUCUGCCAAGUGCACUGCUGCCCAAGGCAACAGCGGCUCCUGCUGCGGCCUUCUCAUCGGAAGGCACGACCACCCCAGAUGGACAGCGUCAGCCUGAGCCUCAUGUCGCCGCUAAGGGUACAGCUGAUGCUAGGGUUACCACAGCGAAGUUUGGAAAGUAA